GAAGCCAAUUUAAACGAAAUAAAGACACAAUGGUUUCAUGAAAUCUGCACGCUUCCCUCACCGGACUCCUAGUUAGGAAUUCGAGUUUUAACCCGUUCUGUACCUCAUUCUUCCGCACCUGUUAAAGGAUACUUAAGCUCAGACUCCCCCUGAGAAGCUACAACGUCUCAGGGAACCUGAGAGCUGAAGCAAAAGUGGGGUGAAGGUGUUUUAGUGGGGUUGGCUAGGUGGGUGGGAGACAAACGAGGCUGAAGGCUAUGGGGUCCCCGAGGGAAGCACCAGGUGGGCGAGAGUUCAGUGGAGGGGCGAGCGGAGCGGGGGGGGGGGGGGUGGGGGGGGACAAAAACCUCAGAACAUGGGGAAAAGGAGGGAGAUGGCAGAGUGAGGGUCCGAACGAUAAAGUGAAAGAAUGGCAGGGGGAAACAAUCGCCCAAAGCGCUGCAGGUUGGUGGAGAGGCGAGGUGCCCAGUGGAGCCAGUGGAGAUGUAGGUGGGGGCUGGGUGGGGCCGUGAGCCUCUUAGGUUGAGCGCAGCUUCCCUCUUUCCUCUCUUUCUCGGAUUGUCAAUCUCUUCUCCUGCUCUGGCUCUCCCCCCGCCCUCAAGAGUUGCGCAAUGUCUUUCUUUGGCUGCCGCAAGGCGCUGGCCACCGCCCCCCGCAGCCAGGCGAGGGAGGGCUUAGAGGCUACGUCAACCCCAGCUUGGGUAUAAAAAGGGGCGGGUGGCCAGCGGCAAGCCGCACACAGCCACCCGUCCUCCUCCCCUCCUCUCUCGUCGUCCUCCUCCUUCUUCCCUUCUCUCUCUUUCCUCCGCGUCGCCGGGCAGGCAGAAGGCAGGCGGCCGGCUGGCCGGGCUGCGGGCACCAUGAGCUCCUUCGGCUACGAGCCCUACUACGCCACGGCGUACAAGCGGCGCUACGCCAGCACAGCCGAGAGCCCGCGGGUGCACAUCUCUUCAGUGCGCAGUGGCUACAGCAGUACAGCGCGCUCGGCCUACUCCAGCUACUCGGCGCCCGCCUCCUCGGCCGCGCUGUCCGUACGCCGCAGCUACUCGUCCAGCUCCGCGUCCCUGCUGCCCAGCUUGGAGAGCCUGGACCUGAGCCAAGUGGCGGCCAUCAGCAACGACCUCAAGUCCAUCCGCACGCAGGAGAAGGCGCAGCUGCAAGACCUCAAUGACCGCUUCGCCAGCUUCAUCGAGCGCGUCCACGAGCUAGAGCAGCAGAACAAGGUGCUGGAGGCUGAGCUGCUGGUGCUGCGGCAGAAACACGCCGAGCCAUCGCGCUUCCGCGCUCUCUAUGAGCAGGAGAUCCGCGACCUGCGGCUCGCCGUCGAAGAUGCGAGCGCCGAGAAGCAGGCGCUGCAGGGCGAGCGAGAUGGCCUAGAGGAGACCCUGCGCGCGCUACAGGCGCGCUAUGAGGAGGAGGUGCUGAGUCGCGAGGACGCCGAGGGACGCCUGAUGGAGGCGCGCAAGGGGGCCGACGAGGCGGCCCUGGCCCGAGCCGAGCUCGAGAAGCGCAUAGACAGCCUGCUCGACGAGAUCGCCUUCCUCAAGAAAGUGCACGAGGAGGAGAUCGCCGAGCUGCAGGCGCAGAUCCAGUACGCGCAGAUCUCCGUGGAAAUGGACGUGUCCGCCAAGCCCGACCUGUCCGCCGCGCUCAAGGACAUCCGCUCGCAGUACGAGAAGCUGGCGGCCAAGAACAUGCAGAACGCGGAGGAGUGGUUCAAGAGCCGCUUUACCGUGCUCACUGAAAGCGCCGCCAAGAACACCGACGCGGUGCGCGCCGCCAAGGAUGAAGUGUCGGAGAGCCGCCGCCUGCUCAAGGCCAAGACGCUGGAGAUCGAGGCGUGCCGCGGCAUGAAUGAGGCGCUGGAGAAGCAGCUGCAGGAGCUGGAGGACAAGCAGAACGCCGACAUCAGCGCCCUACAGGACACAAUUAACAAACUGGAAAAUGAAUUGAGAACCACCAAAAGCGAGAUGGCUCGAUAUCUGAAAGAAUAUCAAGAUUUGCUUAAUGUGAAGAUGGCUUUGGAUAUUGAAAUUGCAGCCUACAGGAAGUUAUUGGAAGGUGAAGAGACCCGCCUGAGUUUUACCAGCGUUGGAAGCCUGACCAGUGGCUACUCCCAGAGCUCCCAGGUCUUUGGCCGCUCUGCUUACGGUGGUCUCCAGACCAGCUCCUACUUGAUGUCUGCCCGUGCCUUCCCCUCUUACUAUACCAGUCAUGUCCAAGAAGAACAGAUUGAGGUGGAAGAGACCAUUGAGGCAACCAAGGCAGAAGAAGCCAAAGAUGAACCCCCCUCUGAAGGAGAAGGAGAGGCAGAGGAAGAAGAGAAGGAGGAAGGAGAAGAAGAGGAAGGAGGUGAAGAGGAAGAAGGUGCCAAGGAGGAAUCUGAAGAGAAGGAAGGUGAGGAGGAAGAAAAUGGUGAAGCUGGAGAGGAAGGUGAAGAAGCUGAAGAAGAGGAAGAGAAGAAGGAAGAUGCUGCUGGAGAAGAAGCUGUAGAGCAGAAGAAGAAAGAUUGAGUUCUCUUUUCCUUGAAUCUUUCAGGUUUCCCCCAAAUCAGGUCAACAAUCCCCCCACUACUCACUCUGUUGAGCUCUGAAUGCUGUACAGAAUAAGAAACCACAUAUUAAAAAAAAAUAAUCUGAGAUGAUGUAGGUUGAAAAUGAAUUGUUAUGCUAAGUGUCUUCCUCUAUGCAAGAGUAUUUGGUGUGCUUCUUGAUAGCUUCCCUGGCUUGCUGCCAGACUGCGCAUGGUAUAUACUUAUGAAUUCUGGGUUGAUGGCAGUGUGGAUAAUUCAGAUAUUUAUAAUUAAAAACAUGAAUAAACAAUCUCAUUGAUAUAUAAACCGUUAACUUGAUGAAAAACAUAAUUAAUCUAUGGAAACCUUUGGUGGUUAGAAAAUAAUGAUCCCCAGUUAUGUGCAAUAACUAGCAAAUAAAGGCAUCCUGGAACGACAUUAUAAUUCCUUGGUGUGGCUAUUGUGUUUUAAUUAAAGUCACUUUCAAAUAUGCAUUCAAGUGAUGUGCAGUUGACAAGUGGGAAGCCAGGCUACUGAUCUCAGAAUCUCAUGUUACCAAAAAAUUAAAUCAAAUCAAAGUUGCCCUCUUCUUAAAUAAUACAUUUAUCCCUAGUUGGUGCUUUCUAAGGAACUCAAAGCUUAAGUUCUUUGGCAAUCUUGCCUAUCUCCUCUGCCCUGUACCUCUUUCCUACCCUACCUCUCUUCACCCCAUAACAUUCCCCCAAAACCCUCAAAAUAUCAUCAAUAAUUAACAGAAGGAGUAAAAGGGGAAACCUCCUAGGGCUUUCUCUAGCAAUAUCAGUGUACUGAUCCCAGUGCAAAGUCAUACAUGAUAGCUCAGGGAAAGGAUUUCAUAGUGGGAUCUAUGAGAAGACCAAAUGCACCCUGCUGAGCAAAUGGGCACAUUGGAUAGAACUCAAGUGAAAGGUGGCCAGCACCAAAUGGGUAGAGGGUGCAUCUUAACAUGCCCAUUGAUAAGUAGCUUUUUCUUUUUUCUUUAAUUGGUCUAAAUGCAACUGUGGUGGAACAGAUGAUAAAUAAAAACUGAUUAUUAUUAUUAUUAUUAUUUUAUAAAAGCAAGAUGCCUAGAAAUAUGGAGAAUAAAAGACAAGUCCCUUUCUACAUUUUGCCUACAAACUUGAACCAGUGCUGAUUCUGGGUCUUGAGCUUAGCUUCUGGCCUUUGUUGCUGCCCUGGAAUUCCACAAGCCUUUUAGCUUGUAAAAUAUAUCAAUAAACAAUUGAUGCCAAAUGUCAAAACUAUUAGCCCCUAUCAGAGGGAAAUUCCACCCUGCCAUGGGUCCUAUGGAAACUACUUUGCAUAUCUUAAUUUGGAAAUCUAUGGAUUCAGAGGAUGAUUCCAACUGGUAAAGAAUUUCAUCAAAAUAAAAAUAUUCCUAGCUGUCCAUGCCCAGCAUAUCCUAUGGAACCCUAAUGCUUGUAUGGUAUCUAAUCUGUCGUAGAUUAGAAUGGAAGUUACUGAUUAUAUGUUUUUCUGCUUCUGUCUUCAAAAGCUGAUUUAUCUGCUAAUCUCUCCCCCCCCCAUAUUUGUUAUUGUGCGAUUGAUAUCACUUUUGGGGGGGGCAAUGCUUAUACUUGCAUUUAAUCUGCCUUCAUUUAUGUACUGCACUGUGCUUUCACCUUUGAGACUCACUUAAAACUGUUAGCAGCAAAUGUAUAUUCUGUCAUGCUUUGAAUCUGAAAGAUCCAUUGUUCACAGCUUUUGCAGAAAUGCCUGUAUGGAUGUAAACUAAACUUUUUGCAUUUUUGACCUUGGAAAGUAGAUUUGGGGAACAGAGUGCUGUUAAUCGCAAAGUGAUGUUAAAAAGGAACGUUAGCCCAAUAGAAACAGUGGGAUGUGGGAACCGUUUGAAUCAAAUUUGAAAGCAAUGACACAUUGUACCACCCCUCACCUCCAUCCUGUGUGCCACAAUAAAAAUACAUGAAGAAAAAAAA